AUGGCGAAAGCUCCACUGCCGGCUGGCCCAUGCCGAUUUGGUGGUGCUCAGCGGCACAUGCAGAAUGUUCUCAGAGACUCUGUAGAGAGCUCUGAUGAUGAAUUCUUUGAUGCACGAGAGGAGAUGGUGGAAGGAAAAAAUGCUAUUCUCAUAGGCAUGAGCCAGUGGAACUCAAAUGACCUUGUUGAGCAGAUAGAAACAAUUGGGAAGCUUGAAGGAAAUCAAGGUGAAGAGUCUGCAUUUUGCUCAUCUGGCUUUCUACAGGAAAAACAAAGUGAAUUAUAUAGAACCUCUUUAAGAAAACAAAGGUUCCCUGCACAAGGCAGUAUUGAAAUACAUGAGGACAAUGAGGAAGGAGUUCAACACCAGAACUGCAAAACUCACGUGUUAAUUUUGAUCCUACAUGGGGGGAAUAUAUUAGACACAGGAAGUGGAGACCACAGCAGCAAGGUGGCAGACAUCAACACCUUCAACUCUGUGUUUGAGAAAGUGACCCGAGCCCAUUUCCCUGCCUCUUUGGGCCACAUCUUAUUGAGACUUGUUCCCUGCCCAGCAAUCUGUUCAGCAGCUUUCUCUCUUGUUUCCAGCCUAAAUCCCUACAGCUAUGAUGAGAGCUGUCUCAGCAGCAGUGAAGACCACAUCCCACUGGCUGCUUUGCCUUUGCUGGCUGUUUCGUCUCCUCAGUACCAAGAUGCAGUUGCCAUGGUGAUCAGUAGAGCAAAUCAAGUUUACAAUGAGUUUCUCAAAUCUACUGAUGGGGCUGGUUUUAAUGGACAGGUGUGUCUUAUAGGUGACUGCAUUGGAGGAAUUUUGGGCUUUGAUGCCAUCUGCUAUAAUUCUAAUACAGCUUACGAGAGUCGGAACACUAGCAGGAGAGGAAGCAUCAGCAGCAUCCAGGAUAAUCCACUCUUAGCAGAGGACUCCAGUCUGGGUGACAGCAAACACUUGAGCAAAAGCAAUAGUGACAUCUCGGGCAUCGUGGAGGAGGAGAAGCCAAGGCCACUGCUGCCUCGGAAGCAGAGUGACUCAUCCACCUACGAGUGUGAUACCAUAACCCAGCAUCAUGCAUUCCUGUCCAGCAUCCACUCAAGCGUGUUGAAAGACAGUGCAGACCUUCCUCCUGUGGAUUCCAGCCUCUCAGAAGUAAAUCUGGGCCGAUUUGAAUUUGAGGUGUCUGAUUUCUUCCUUUUUGGAUCACCACUUGGUUUGGUGCUGGCCAUGAGGAGCACUGUUCUGCCUGGUCUGGAUGUAUGCCAGGUCCGACCAGCCUGCAGCCAAGUGUACAGCUUCUUUCACUCUGCUGACCCCUCUGCCUGCAGACUUGAACCAUUACUGGAAAAGAGAUUCCAUCUUCUUCCUCCAUUCAGUGUCCCACGAUACCAGAGAUACCCACUAGGGGAUGGAAAAUCUCACCAGUUAGGUGAUGCUCUCCACAAUCACAGUGGUCUGUUCCUUGAGAAUAGCUCUUUGAACAUACCUUUCACUCAGGAGAGUCCUGAAUCUCCAAGUACAUCUGAUCAACCACAAGGGAAAACAAGGAAGUUGAGCUUGGGCAGCACAAACAGUGAAAACUCUGGGUCAACUGAAAGCUUGCCAUCAGCAUGCCUCACCAACAUUACUGCAAAGUGGUGGGGAACAAAACGAAUAGAUUAUGCCUUGUAUUGUCCAGAUGUGCUGACAGCCUUUCCAACAGUGGCCCUGCCACACCUCUUUCAUGCCAGCUACUGGGAAUCAACAGAUGUUGUGGCCUUCAUCUUAAGACAGGUGAUGAGGUAUGAAAAUGUAAAUUUCAAGGAAAAUGACAACCUGGAUCCAGAAACACUAAGUCUAUCCAAUCCACGAGAAAAAUGGCUACGCAAAAGGACACAUGUCAAAUUGAGGAAUGUGACUGCUAAUCACCGAGCUAACGAUGUCAUUGCAGCAGAAGAUGGUCCUCAGGUACUGGUUGGGCGCUUUAUGUAUGGACCUCUGGACAUGGUGGCUUUAACAGGUGAAAAGGUGGAUAUCUUCAUAAUGACUGAGCCAUCUUCGGGUAGGUGGGUGUAUUUUGACACAGAGAUAUCCAACAGCAGUGGACGAAUAUCCUACAAUAUACCUGAACAGAAGAGAUUGAGAGUUGGUGUGUAUCCCAUCAAAAUGGUGGUCAGAGGGGACCAGAGCAGUGCUGCAAGUUACCUCACUGUACUGCCCCGAGGAAUGGAAUGUGUUGUGUUCAGCAUUGAUGGUUCCUUUGCAGCAAGUGUUUCAAUUAUGGGAAGUGACCCCAAAGUCCGAGCAGGGGCUGUUGAUGUUGUCAGGCAUUGGCAGGACCUGGGAUAUCUGAUUAUCUAUAUCACUGGCCGUCCAGAUAUGCAAAAACAGCGUGUGGUUUCAUGGUUGUCCCAGCACAAUUUCCCACAAGGGAUGAUCUUCUUCUCAGAUGGACUUGUUCAUGACCCACUGCGACAAAAGACCAUUUUUCUCCGGAAUCUCAUGCAAGAGUGCCACAUCAAAAUCUGCGCCGCAUAUGGUUCCAUGAAGGAUAUUUCUGUGUACAGUGUUUUGGCUCUGUCGCCAUCCCAGAUCUACAUAGUUGGACGAUCCACAAAGAAAUACCAGGCACAAUGCCAAUUCCUCAGUGAAGGUUACGCAGCCCACUUGGCGUCACUGGAGUUCAGUCUGCAUUCACGACCCAAAAAGAACAAUUCUCGGAUGAUCUUGCGAAAAGGCAGCUUUGGCCUCCACUCACAACCUGAGUUUCUGCGCAAGAGAAACCACCUGCGCCGGACUAUGUCUGUACAGCAGCCCGACCCUCCUUCUUCCAACCCCAAGCCAGAGCGUGCUCAGAGCCAGCCUGAGUCAGACAAAGAUCAUGACAGGCAUCUGCCUUCUAUUGCUUGGGUUCGAGGUGGAGUUCACAAAUUUGAAUCUAUUCCCUAG